CCUCUAAUUACUUUCCCGAUCUACUUUUUAGUUUAUCAAAUUGAGCCACCUAACUAGUGGUGUGCAAUGGUUCGGUCCAGUUCGGACUGAACCAAACUCAUGAGAACCACGGUCUAUUAGUAAAAGACAUACUAGGAUCAAGGAUCAUAACAUCAUUGUAUUUGGUUCAAUUAGUCUGGUUCGGUCUGGUCUAAAUAUUAGUUAAGUCCAUUGUUUCUCCAGUAAUUAUAAAAUUCAUGAGGACCAAAUACCGGACUGCAUUAUAUAUACUCGGUCCGAUGCAGUCCGAUCCAAACUACGUUGCGAUAUGGUACGAACCGAACCAUUACACCCCCUAUCAUAAUAGAUUUGUCUCCAUUUGAGAAAAUCAGUUGGAGAGUAACAGAGUGAAGCCUCUUGAGCUUCAGAGAAGCAAACAUAAAAAACCAAAUGAUUACUAUUUCCCUAUCCUAUCCAUUUAAUUGAUUAUGCCUUACUCAGUUAAUUCGAACUUCAAUUUUUUUCUGUGAAAAACAAUCUAAGAAAAAUAUGCUAUAUAUAAAAUGACAUCCACUUUUAUACAUUUUGGUAACAAAAAACAUGUUAAUAGAGACUUCUUCUGCCACAAUAUUUCAUGGUGAAUUGGGGAUAGAGAUAAAGAUUCUACCAUGCUGUGUAAGUUGUGAAAACAGCUAACCUAGAAAUAAAUGUAGAGCCAAUGAGAUGCAUACUUUGGCUGUGCAAUUCCCCAACUACCUAUUAAAUAAACCAACAGACUUUGGCUUAGUAGUUACACGCUCAUGAUCCCCAGCUGCAUGCACAGGCGUUGUAUUUGUUCACUCUCUCUCUCCAUGUUUCUCUUUCGAUCACUUUCUACUUUCGUUUCAUAAAACGAAAAGAUACAUAUCUUCGGUACAUGCACGUCGUUUUAAAACUCCGUUUGCGGAUCAUUCUUACCCACAAAUAUUUGAGAUUGUGUAACAUUAAUGGUGAUUUCGAAAUCAAUACUUUCCAUUACAUGUAUCACUCUCUGAGUACAUUCAACCUCCAUAUUAGUCCAAUUCUUUUCAUGUGAAAAGAAACAUCCAAUGACUUUUACGUAUUGUCUCUGUUCUUGUUUGAUUUCCAGUUUGGUUAUGAAUUUCAGUGGGUUUGAUUUAACCAGAUGUACCAUCAAACCUGCCUGAAGCCUUGAGAUAAUGAAUCUUGUUGGAAAAGAUAUAUACAUAUGAUUAAUAAAGAAGAAUUAAAUGCCCCUAAUUACUUUCCCAAGCCACUAUUUCAGUUCAUCAAACUGAGAAUCCUAACAGAUUUGUCUACAUUGAGAAAAUUAGUUGGAGAGUAACAGAGUGAAGCCUCUUUUGAGCUUCAGAGAAGCAAAAACAUAAAAAAAACCAAAUGAUUUCAUUUAACAAUCAAGAAACGACAUUUGCUAUAUGAAAAAAAGGUGGCAUGAUAUUGAUUGGUGGACUCUGAUGAUUUGAGAGUGUGGGUCUUUCACACAAUGGUAUGCAUUACUAUUUCCCUAUCCAUUUAAUUGAUUAUGUCUUGCUCAUUUAACUUGAAUUUCAAUAUUUUUUUUUGUGCGAAAAACAAUCAGAAUAAAUAUGUUAUAUUAAACGAUAUUCACUUUGAUAUAUUUUUAUAACAAAAAAAUUGUAAUCGAGUCUUCUUUUGCCACAAUAUUUCAUGGUGGUAGAGAUAAGAUUAUACCAUGUUGGUGAUAUAAUAUAGAAUAGUAGUAGGAAUAUAGUAAUUGUCAUCUAACAUUGCCUACCACUUUGAUAAAAAUGAUGGUUUUCCCAAGAAUGAAUAUAUUUUGUAUAUCACAAUAAAUCCGUUCAUUCUAUAAAAAAAAAAUUUGAAUGGAAAAAGAUGGUAAAGAGUAGUAAAGGACAACCAUAAAAAAAGAGUAGUAAAGGGUGCUCCAAAAAGAUUUGCCCCCAAAUAUUUCAAAGGCGGGUAUCAUUUUAUAGAUUCAAUAAAUUUGGUCAUUCUUGGUAACAAAUUUCAAAAAAAAUUUCGUUGAAUUCAAAUGUCAAAUUUACCUUCAAAAGUUAAAACAAAGAAAUAACAAAUCGAUGAGUAAAAUUAAGGAAUUUAAAAAAUAUUUAAUCUCACCCAUCAAAUAAGAUCUCACUUCUUAAAAAGUAAUAUUAGUCAAAAUCAAAGGACAUAUAAAGUUAUAAACCCUGCUACAAGUACUUAUAGAUAGGGCUGCAAACGAGCCAAGUCGAGUCGAGUUUUUACUUAACUUGAGCUCGGCUCGUUUAUUAAUUUUUUAGCUCGAGCUCGGCUCGAACUCGAAUUUAUAUAAUCCAGCUCAACCUCGAGCUCGGCUUGAAUAAAAAUAAACUAGCUCGACUCGGUAGAGCUCGAUAAAUGCUCAUUAACAUAGCUUGUCAAGCAGAGUACAAGCUCGGCUCAAGAUGAGCUCGAUUCAAAAUCAUUCUUGCUGGAAAAAUGCGUAAACAUAAGAAUUUAAAUGAUAAAAAGAACACUAGAAACUAAAAAUAACAUCUAAAUUUCAUACAUAUGUGCAUUAACAAGACAAUGUUCAUGUUUAAAAGAGUAAUUCAUCCUUCCACAAGUUCUAAACAAGGCAGCUCGCGAGCUUAGCUCAACAAGCCACCGAAUCAAACUAGCUCGCGAGCUUAUCAAGCUGAGCAUGGUCUAGCUCAAGCUUGGCUCGUUAACUAACGAGUUGGCUCGCGAUCCGGCUUGUUAAAUAACGAGUCGAUUGUCGAACGACCUUUUCCCAAUUCGAACGCCGAGUUGCUCGCGAGCGGCUUGGCUCAUUUGCAGCCCUUCUUAUAGAAGAAGAAAAUAACCCUACUACAAGUUUACAACCCUAUAAAAUAGUGAGGACAAAAUUGUCAUUCUUGUCACCCCCGCAAAUUCCAUCGAACAGUAAUUAACAGAAAUUCGGCCCAAAUUCAACCUUGACCAAGUUCUACAAAACACAGCUGUUGGGCUGUCUUUCCGGGGCGGCCCAUUAUGAAAAACAAGAUAUAUGACGAAUUGACCAGAGAAAAGUAUAGUGAUGAUUCCGUGGCUUAUACAAAAAUUAUAGUAGCUUUUUGGAAAUUAGUCAACAACUUCAGAAAUGGCCUGAAGUCAGAAGAAAAACGAAGAUCAGUUGUAAACGAAGAUCAGUUGAGGAAAGGAGAUUUUUAGAGGGGCAGAAAAGGAGGGAAGAUGUUGCUUGCAGUUCUCAUCUCGAAUUCUGUGGGCAAUAUCCUUGUGGAAAGAUUCAAUGGAGUUCCAGCUGAGGAGCGAUUGCAUUGGCGAUCUUUCCUGGUGAAACUGGGAGCCGACAAUCUCAAACACGCCAAGAACGAAGAGCUCUUUGUCGCUUCCCACAAGUCGGUUUAUAUCGUCUAUACGGUGCUUGGAGAUAUCUGCCUGUAUGUUGUUGGCAAGGAUGAGUACGAUGAACUAGCUUUGGCUGAAGCCAUCUUUGUGAUAACGGGGUCGAUCAAGGAUAUCUGCAAGAAGCCACCAACAGAACGUACUUUCCUGGACAAGUAUGGAAAGAUAUGUCUAACUCUGGACGAAAUCGUCUGGAAGGGUAUCUUGGAGAACACGGACAAAGAAAGGAUCAAAAGGCUGGUGAGAUUGAAGCCUCCCACAGAAUUCUGAACUGUGGACGUUGGAGUCUCAAACUUCAUCAACAUAUAUAGGGCUUGUGAAUCAGUUUCCUGGUUCUGAUGUGAAACUUACUACAGAUGUUGUAUUCUUGGAUUUGUCUCCAGUUUCUGUGGCUCAGUUGCUGUGACUGUGAUCGAUGAAUUUUGUACUUCACGGAUCAUUAGAUGCAUAUGGAUGCUUAAUAUGUCCAGUCAAAUUGUGAAGCUGAAGUUUGAAAAAGAAUGGAGGAAUUCAAAUUUCGUUUGUUUGAAUUUCUCUAUUGUUCAUCUCAGUAAUUUUCUGUUGAUCAUGGAGCAUUUUUAAACCUGAUCUGUCUUCAAAUGCUUUCUACAUCAUUUCAACUUCAAACUCUAGACAACUAGACAUAUAGAAUAUAAUGGCAAUGAGGAA